CGACCCGGCCCGACCCGCGCUCGCCGCCGCGAUGUUACCGAGCCAGGCCGGCACCGGGAACGGCGCCGCCGCCGCGCUGGCGCGUGGCUCCGCGCUGGGCCGCCCGCCGGUGCCUCGUGGAGCGAACGGCGGCGGCGGCGGCGGAGCGGCGGUGGCGGCGGCGGGGCAACCCACGGGGCGCUUGGAGCGGGAGGCGCUCUACAGCGGCAGCGAGGGAGACUCGGAGUCGGGCGAGGAGGAGGAGCUGGAGCGGCGAGGGGUGAAGCGGGGCCUGGGCGAGGCGGCGGCGGCGGCUGCGGGGCCCGCGGCGGGAGCGGCGGCGGCGGGCGGAUACAGCGGCGGGGGCGGCGGCGCCGUGAGCGGCGCCAAGCCCGGCAAGAAGACGCGGGGCCGGGUGAAGAUCAAGAUGGAAUUCAUCGACAACAAGCUGCGGCGCUACACCACUUUCAGCAAGAGGAAGACCGGCAUCAUGAAGAAGGCCUAUGAGCUCUCCACACUGACUGGCACUCAAGUUCUGCUGUUGGUCGCCAGUGAGACGGGCCAUGUGUACACGUUUGCUACGCGGAAGCUGCAGCCCAUGAUCACCAGUGAGACGGGGAAGGCGUUGAUCCAAACGUGCCUCAACUCCCCAGACUCGCCCCCGCGCUCGGACCCAACCACUGACCAGCGCAUGAGCGCCACGGGCUUUGAGGAGACGGAUCUCACCUACCAGGUGUCAGAGUCAGACAGCAGUGGGGAGACCAAGGACGCACUGAAACCAGCGUUCACUGUCACCAACCUGCCAGGGACUACGUCCACCAUCCAGACAGCCCCCACCACCUCGACCUCCAUGCAGGUCAGCAGCGGCCCGUCAUUCCCCAUCACUAAUUACCUGGCGCCAGUGUCUGCCAGCAUCAGCCCCAAUGCCGUCACCAGUGCCAACGGGACAGUGCUGAAGACUACUGGAGCCAGUGCAGUGACGUCUGGGGGCCUCAUGCCGAUACCCACCGGCUUCACUCUCAUGUCAGGUGCUUCCCUUUCUCCGGGGACCCCUACCAUUCCUCUCACUCAGUUACAGCCACACUCCCUGGCUCUUUCCAGCCAGCAGGGCCAGGUGGUCUCGGGUACGGCUGGACCGCUGCAGCAGGCACAACAGACAGUCUUCCGCUUCCCUGCCAGAGCUGGAGGGCAGAUCGUGUCGCUGACAGGUGGUACCAUGGCUCAGCAGGUCCCCGUCCAGGCCAUCCAGGUGCACCAGGCACCGCAGCAAACGUCUCCCUCCAGUGACAGCAGCACUGACCUUACCCAGACCUCUUCCAGCGGAACAGUGACCCUCCCAGCGACCAUCAUGACGUCAUCUGUGCCAACGACCGUGGGUGGCCACAUGAUGUACCCCAGCCCACACGCAGUGAUGUACGCACCCACAUCUGGCCUUGCGGAUGGUGGACUUGCAGUCCUCAACGCUUUUUCACAGGCACCCUCAGCGAUGCAGGUGUCCCAUGGCCAGGUUCAGGAUCAAGGUGGCGUCCCCCAAGUGUUCCUAACAGCUCCCUCAGGCACCGUUCAGAUCCCAGUCUCGGCUGUCCAGCUUCACCAGAUGGCUGUCAUCGGGCAGCAGAGCAGCAGUGGCAGCAGCCUGACAGAGCUGCAGGUGGUCAACUUGGACACCUCGCACAGCGCCAAGAGUGACUGAGAGGCCUCUGCUGCUGGCCUUGUGCUGUCUCUGGCUUGUCAUGCCAGUGCCAGGGCUGGCAGCAAUUCCUUCUCGUACAGACUGCACCAGUUAUUUAUUGUUGCCUUUUCACGUUUCCUUCAUCCACACAUCACACACACACACACGCACCCACUCACCCACACACGCAUACACACAGGCACAUGCGUGGGGCUGCAGGACCCACCCAGAGUGGAGCUGUACUGGGGCCAUGCAGGGCUUGGGGGCCUUCGGAUGCUGCGAUAGCUGUGCUUGUCUCACGCCAGCCAAAGAAACUUGUCUCUGGAGGGGAGGAUUGCUCUGCACUGUAAAUAAAUACUGUGGGCUGUUUCUAGCUGGAGGCUCUGUCUCCUUCUGGGUGCUCCGAGUCACCUUGCCCAUGAAUGUUUGCUCUGCGUGGGGCUCAGCUCAGACACAGAGCCGUACUGUGGGUGCAGCUCAGAGCGGAGCGGGCCGAGGCUGUGCUGCUGGCCUCAGCAAUGUGCCUUUGUGGAGGGUGACAGAUCCUGGCCACAGGAACUUGCCCUGGGCUCUGAACGGGCUUGCGUGUGCAUCUCUGGCUGGGCUGUUGUGUCCUUCCUGUGGCGGGCAGGUACAGCCUAGGGCACGUGGCCCUGUCAUCCUCGUAUGCACUACAGUGAGCUCUCUGCCCUCAGUGCCUCCUCGCUGGGCUGCCUGGCAGGUUUGCAGCCUGCCCAGCUCUGCCCUGGCGGCUGCCCUCGCACAGCUGAGGUGGUUGGUGGAUGUGCAGGAGCGCAACUGCCCCUGGGAGCUCCUGAGGGUCUCUGUGGCCGGCCUAGCUCCACACUCUUCUCAGCCCUCGCACUGCUUGUGAACUCCGUACAUCCAGGGAAACAUGGCUGGGUCUUUCUUACAUCCCCCUGCAGCUCCAGCCGGCGCUUUCUAAAUUUCUGUGUCUGAUGCAAGGUGGAGAAACAACUCAAGUGUCAAAGGGAAGAGCCCAUGGGGCAUGAGCUGCUGGACAGGUGGCAGGCUUUUCUUCUGAGCACCAGGGUGACUUGCAGGACAUCAUAGGCUGCAGAAGAGCAGCCGUGAUGCCUGUGCAGGGUCAGCAAGGCCAGGGGAGAAGGGCUGGAGCAUGACUGGCCCUGCAUGGGAGUUGCUGUGAAUGGCUCUGCUACCUAGCCCUCUUCCUGGAGAGAGAGUAAGCAAGUGAGAGAAGUUGCUGAAUCCUUAGUGGAAGAAGCAGCUACUGUAACUUUCUUUUUUUUUUUUUUUAAGUUAAAGACAAAAGAAGCCUUGGAGAAAAAAAGACACAAAAAAAAAAAAAAAGAAAAAAAAAAAGAAAAUGACUUUAUUUUUCUAAGUGUUAAACUCAGUAUUUAUGUAAUUCUUUAAGGAAUAAAAGUUUGGCUCCUGUACAGUUUUCAUGGGGUUUGUACCAGGGGGAUGGGAGAGGGGUGGGUGGGCAUGGAGGCAGGAAAGGGGCCUUGCUUUUGAGUUUGUAUUGUAACCAUGGACAUGUUCCCUCAGCAUUAGCGUUUAAGCUGCGCUCUCCACCCACCAGCAUGUGCCAGGGAUCAAGCUGAACUGAGUGGGGUGCUUGUUUCACACUUACCUGUCCUGAGGACUCCAUACCCAUCAUUGUGGGCCUAAUGGGCAGAAGGCAAGUGAAGCAGUGGCUGGUCUCUAAAAGUGGCAAAGCCAUCUCUCAGGAGCCAAGGGGCUUGCAGUGGGCCUGGGAACCAGAGAUGGGCGGGGUUUCCUGCGGGCCACCCUGUUCUCCCCUGGUCCUGGGACCUGUGACUGUUCUGUCACUCCUCUUGGUGUGAAGCAGUGCUACAUGUGACUGCCUAAGGAAUAUGGGAAUGCCACUCCUUCCAGGGUGGUGAGUGGCCAGCAGUGGCUGAUCGUUGCUCUCCCUGCUUGCUGUGUAGAGAGCAUCUCCUGAACUCCUAGCUGAUGAGCCAGGCUGUGUUUCCCCCUCCACAGCCACUCCUUAGUGUGCAGAUGUGGACAGGUCCCCUCCGAACCCCCUUGCAAACAGCUCCCAGAACGGUCUUGCAGCCUGGGACAGGCUUGUGGGGAGUGGAGUGGCCCAUUUAGUAAGAAUGAUCUCUGUGUUGCCUCCCCUUGGUAUCCUUGCUCCAAGAGCGAUGCAUACCCCGCUCCUCGGAGCACAUGGGGGCGCUGUGCUAUGUCCCAUUGCUAGGUGUAUGAAAGCUGCUCAGUGAUGCUUCCAAAACAAGGCUGGGUAACUAGGAGUUCAUCCAGGGAGAAGGCUGAGGUUUGCAUUGUCCUUUGCCCCAGCAUGUGACUGUCGCCUGGCUUUGCUCUCCUUUGCUUGUGCCAGCACUGUGGAGCAGAGCCGUUGGGUCUGGAUGGCAGGAGUGCCCCUGCUGCUAAAGGGUGUUUGCAUCCCUUUCCUGGCUUCCCAAAGGCAACUGCUGGUUAAACGCUAAUGGUGUAUUUUAUUUAAGUGCAGACUUGUAAGAACACUUGUGUAUCAGGGAUGAAAUGGCAUUUAUUGUGUGGUGACAUUUUUAGUUCAUUUUACUGGUUUGAGGGUUGUGUGUGUGUGCGUGUGUGCGUGUGUGUACGCAUAAGUGUGUGUGGGUUUAUAUUUUUUUUUUUUCCCUCCAGUUUCCAGGGUUGUGUUUCUGGAAGGAUGUGGAAGUAAUCACAGUACUAUGUACAGAGCUUUCUUUUGUAUUAAAAAAAAAGAAAAUUACUCUUUCAAUAAAUGUUAUCAUUUUGUGCACAGA